CCUCCACACAUGUGUGCCUUCAGCAUUUUAUCUUCGUUUAGGGAUAUAACAGUUAAGAACCAAUUCUGAUUUCUUAUAUUAGUAUUGCAAUGGCCGAAAGGAAUCCUCACUUUCGUCGUUCAUCUCUGUUUUGUAUGUUAGCAAUCACUUCUGUCCUCUUCUUCCUCUCUUGGUUCUUUGUCUUGCGUUCCACAAGCCGCCCUCACUUUGUUGACCUCAGCACAUUACCCAAUUCCAAGCUCUUUGCAGUGGUUGAAAAUGGAAACUCUCAACCCCGAAAUCAGGAUAACGUUGACCUUUCAAUCCCCAACAUGCCAGUCUCUGUGGAUUAUGAGAAGGAAGCACCCCAAGUUGAAAAAUUGAUGAAAUGCAAUCCAAAUAAGGUAGUUCUCAAGGUUUUCAUGUAUGAUUUACCUCCUGAAUUCCACUUUGGCCUCUUGAAUUGGAAACCUGAAGGGGAUAAUGUAUGGCCAGAUCUUAAAACCAAAAUACCUGAUUAUCCAGGAGGUUUGAACUUGCAACACAGCAUAGAAUAUUGGCUGACUUUAGAUCUCCUCUCAUCAACAUUUCCUGACUCAGCGGGUGCUCGUAGUGCUGUGAGAGUGCACAACUCAAGUGAGGCAGAUGUCAUCUUUGUUCCAUUCUUUUCCUCCUUGACCUAUAACAGAUAUUCCAGGCUUCAGCCACAUGAAAAGAAGAAUAGGAACCAAUUGUUACAAGAGAAUCUGGUGAUGUUUCUAACAUCUCAAGAGGAGUGGAAGAGAUCAGGGGGACGUGAUCAUAUAAUCAUGGCCCAUCAUCCAAAUAGCAUGUUAUAUGCAAGGAUGAAGCUGUGGCCUGCCAUGUUCAUACUUGCAGAUUUUGGGAGAUACCCUCCUACCAUAGCUAAUGUUGAAAAGGAUGUGAUUGCACCUUACAAACAUGUUAUCAAAACUUUUGUCAAUGAUUCGUCUGGCUUUGACGAUCGUCCAACUUUGCUGUAUUUCCAAGGAGCCAUAUACAGGAAAGAUGGUGGGAUUGUUCGACAAGAACUGUUUUAUCUUUUGAAGGAUGAAAAAGAUGUGCACUUCUCAUUUGGGAGCGUUAGUAGGGACGGAAUCAAUAAAGCUAGCCAAGGGAUGCACUCAUCAAAAUUCUGCCUCAACAUCGCUGGUGAUACCCCAUCAUCAAAUCGCCUGUUUGAUGCCAUUGCGAGCCACUGUGUCCCUGUCAUUAUCAGUGAUGAAAUUGAACUCCCUUAUGAGGAUGUCCUUGACUACUCUGAGUUCUGCAUCUUUGUACGCACAUCAGAUGCCGUGAAAAAGAAUUUUCUCAUUGAGUUAAUUAGGAGUAUCAAGAAGGAAGAAUGGACCAGGAGGUGGAAGAGGCUCAAAGAGAUCGAAAAGUUCUUUGAGUUCCAGUACCCUUCUCAGGAGGAGGAUGCUGUACAAAUGAUCUGGCAGGCAGUUGCCCGUAAGGUGCCUUCAGUUCGAUUAAAGCUACACAAGUCCAAGCGAUUCUCUCGGCAUAAAGACAGCAGGAGGAAGAGGGAAAUCAUAACAGUUCCAAGAAAUUUUGGUGAGAGAUGAAUUAAUCCCAAUGGAUGUCAAAGUUCCUUGCCCCAUUCCUUCCACUCUUUUCUUGAGUAUAGUGUUGUUGCAAAUCAGAUAAAUCAUGUAAAUUUGCUGCUAUGGCUCCAUUUGUUUCCAUGUAAAAAGAUGGAAAAGGAAAAUUUUCUUGUAAAACAGGAUUUUCCACUGUUUUGAUGUAAAAUACA